AUGGCCCGCGCCGCGUCCCCCGCCCUGCGCUGCCAGUGCCUGCAGACCCUGCAGGGCAUUCACCUCAAGAACAUCCAGAGUGUCAAGGUGACGCCGUCGGGACCCCACUGCGCCCAGACCGAAGUCAUAGCCACUCUCAAGAAUGGGCAGGAAGCCUGUCUCAACCCCGAAGCCCCCAUGGUCAAGAAAAUCAUCCAUAAGAUGCUGAGCAAAGGCAGCACCAACUGAGCUAGAGAGAGAAGGCUGAAGUUCAUGGCUUACCUGUGGCAGCCUCCGCGGAAUGGGAGAGAGAGAAAAGAAACAAAAGCCUCCUGAGACCAUCUGGACUGUGAUUAAUCUAUUUGACUAUUUCAUAUGAGUAUUCUUCUAUUUUUAACAUAUGUAUUUAUUUAUUUAUUUAUUUUUCAAAGCUAGCAUAAUAAUGUUCUAGCUAAUAUUUAAAGAUAGGAAUUUGGUAAUGUGCUGUACUAUGAUUCUGAAAGGUCACUUUUAUGGUAAAUCAAAGUUGGUUCCGUACUAUUUAAUUUGUAGAUGAUGAAUCUUGUUCUUCACUCAAACUAUUCGCUCUUGGGGGGAGGGAGAGGGAAA